AUGGAAACUUUAUCUCUAAACAGUAAAGAUUCUCACAAGAAAAAAGAAGGGUCUCGUUGCUGUGCCACUGAUUCAAGUGCUGAGUCUAGAAAAACAAGUUUCAGUGGAUCUAGUUCUACUUCUACUUCUACCUCUACCUCUUCACUUUCUACUUUUACUUCUACUUCAGAUGAAGCUAAAGCGAAAGGGUUUUCAUCUCCUCCUACUCCUCUUGGCUGGCCUAUUCUCAAAGCUACACUUUCCAAUUCAAAGCGUUUGAGUUCUGAUGAAAAACAUAAACCCAACUUGGAGUUGGAUCACAGCAAAUUUACCUCUAUUGAUUUAAAAAUCCCAGAUGUUGAUAUGAUGGAGAGGUUUGCAAAGUUGUUGCUUGGUGAAGAUAUGUCAGGUUCAGGAAAAGGGGUUUGCACUGCUUUGGCAAUCUCUAAUGCCAUUACUAAUCUUUGUGCUACUGCAUUUGGGCAACUAUGGAGACUGGAACCACUACCUAGUGAGAAGAAAGAAAUGUGGCAGAGAGAGACGGAAUGGCUUGUUAGCAUUAGUGAUCACAUUGUUGAAUUAAUACCUUCUUGGCAAACAUUUCCGGAUGGAAAGAAACUCGAGGUAAUGACUUGCAGGCCUAGGACAGAUAUUUGUAUCAAUCUUCCCGCCCUUCGCAAACUUGAUAACAUGCUACUCGAAAUAUUAGAGAGCUUCACAGCUACAGAAUUUUGGUAUGUUGAUCAAGGAAUUGUAGCUGCUGAUGCAGAUGGUUCGGCCUCUUUUCGCAAGUCAAUUCAGCGGCAAGAAGAGAAGUGGUGGCUCCCGGUACCCCGUGUCCCCCCUAAGUCGAAUGCUCGUCCGCAUUCGCAACCCAUUUUAUUCACAACUCCUCGUGGUUUUUGA